AAGUGUUGAACCUUCCCACUUGUCAAAUAACUGAAGCCAUGAAGGUUUUGUUCGUAGUAGCUUGUCUAGUCUGCGCCACUGUGGCCGCUCCAAGGAAGCAGGUGGACCUGAGCGAUGAUAAGGUCCUGAAGGUUGCCAAAUUUGCAACUCAAGAGCUUGUAAAAUAUUAUAGGAACGAUUAUUUAUUCAAACUCUAUAAGUUGGUGUAUGCUCAGCACGAUGAGGAAAGGAACAGGUACGAUCUGGAAAUAAUAAUUGGCGAUACGACUUGUGAAACAUCUGAGACUGAUCCGGCUGAUAUUGAUGACUGCGAAUUUCAAUCGGCACCAGCUACAUAUAAAGUAUGCCAAGUGAUACUUCUCCCCGACGGUAUCAUCAAUGAAUACAAGUUAUUUUCAGCGAGAUGUUUUCUGUGGAUUAAGCCCACCGACAAGCCCACUGUGGUCUGAUCCUGUAUUGGUGUUAAGGCACUUUACCUAGCAACUGAUACACAGCAUUUUUGUUGACAGCCGGAAAAAAAAUAAUAAAGAAACCUAGAAAUUCGCAAAAUAAUUGUUUGUUCAUUGUUUUUCAGAAUAAAACACAUAUUUACUGUU